AUGGAGACAAGUGAAGGUGGAGCUACAAGCGGUAACAUGGCAAACAACAUGGAGUCGCAAGACCUAUCAAAAGCACCUCGGCAAGAGCAAGAGAAAGAACAGCAGCAAGAGCAAGCGCAAAUUCAAGGACCAGAGAUGCAGGACAAGAACCUCUCUAGCAACGAGCAGAAGGCAGGUUCAGGGGAGCCGGAGCAAGACAAAGAAAGGGCAGACAAGACGGCGAAGCAGCAGUAA